CCAUUUCUCCCUCGCUUUGACCGACAUUCCUCCUCUAUAUUCGGAUCUCUUUGGCUUCUCCAAUUUCCCUCCCGCUCCUUCAUUCCCUCCGGCCAUCCACGGAACGCGGCGGCGGCUUGCACCAGUGAUCUCACUUAAUCCUCCAAAACUUGUUCAUCGGAAGGCUCGUGAGGUGAACAAGAAAUCUAUCUUGUAUUGGGCGGAGUGCUUGGAAGCUAGGAAAAUGCUGGGGGUGGGGGGUUUCUUUUUGUUGGGUUUGAUCGUAUGUAGCACUUGACGACCAGGGAUGCAAACCUUGCACUAGCGGGCCACGCAUGUUCCAUAAUUUAGGGUGGUUCAUUGGUCUAAAUUAUCAAGUGCGGUCGGUGAAGAAGCUGCCUGAUGCAAAGCCACGUUUGGCCAAAGUUAAGCCAGUGGCUAUGUUGGAUACUGUACAGGAAAUUGCUAUUUACAUUCAUAGGUUUCACAAUCUCGACCUUUUCCAGCAAGGAUGGUACCAAAUUAAGCUUACCAUGAGAUGGGAAGACGGCGAGUAUACUUCCGUUGGAACACCAGCUAGAGUUGUUCAGUAUGAAGCUCCAGAUCUGGGAUCCGGUAAUAGUUAUGGCGUAUGGAAGAUUGAUGAUACUGACAACAGUUUCUCUACACAACCUUUCAAGAUCAAGUACGCAAGGCAGGAUAUACUUCUGUCCAUUAUGAUUUCAUUCAAUUUUCCCCUUGCGAAGUAUGAGGCUCCAUCCACUUCAGCCGUUAUUUUGAAGUUUGAGCUUAUGCAUGCUCCAAUAUUGGAGGCUGGACCAGAAUUGCAGGCCUCUCUGGAUGCUUCUUCUGCUGCAGUACAUGAAUUCCGAAUUCCUCCCAAAGCUCUAGCAGGGCUACAUUCGUAUUGUCCCGUACAUUUUGAUGUAUUUCACGCAGUGCUUGUUGAUGUCAGCGUACACAUUUGCUUACUACGUUCCUAUACCCCCGAAAAGAGAUCCAGUGAUCCACGCAAGGAAAAUCUUGCUGCUAGACACUUUGAUGCACGAAAUCAGGCAGAGGCAUCACGGGACGAGGUCACACUUAUUAAAGCAUUAUUGACUGCUCGUGAUAUACUGCUUGAGGAGUUUCAAAAUCUUAGCAAAGCUAUAGACCAAUCCUUUGAUUUUACUGAUUUUAUGUCUAGAAUAGAUGAUACGAAGUAUAUUGGUGUUUUGAUGCCUUCAAAAAUGGAUAACGUAAAGGGUGAAGUUUCAAGACAAGGCAAGCCACAAAACGGCCUUGAGAGGACUAACAGUGGUGACCGAUUGCACCAAUCAAAAACAGGAAGUCACAUGUCACACUGUUUUCACUCACUGGGUGAUCAACUUUUAUAUUUAUGGAGCACAUUUUUGAAGUUCCAUAGGGCUAACAAAACAAAGAUAAUAGAACAUCUACGGGAGGGAUGGGCAAAGGAUAGGAGAGCUGAAUGGUCAAUAUGGAUGGUUUACUCUAAAGUUGAGAUGCCGCAUCACUACAUUAAUAGUGGAAGUGAGGAACCUCCAAACCUUGCCAUCCGGAGAAGUGCUGUUCAUAAAAGAGUUUCUAGUCUGUGGAAGUUGUCAGAUGAUCCUGCCCAGACUGCAGCCAUGAGAGCUGAGCUUCAUCGUCGGAGUAUUUUACAAAUGAGGAUAAAUAAUAGAUGCAUCCAAGAUCUGCAUAUAUUCAGAGAUCCUUCACGAAUCCCUAUUGUAAUCAUUGAGCGUGUCAUGAAUGCUCCUCGACGUUCAAUUAGUGAAAAUUCAUACUUGCGGCAUUUUGACAUGAUUGAUGCUAUUGGGAAGGACAGUGGGCCAAGUUCUGUAGCCGUAGACAAUCUGUCUGGUUCUAUGCCAGAAAGGAGUGGUCGCAUUUUGAAGAUUGUUGUCUUUGUGCAUGGGUUUCAGGGGCACCAUCUUGAUCUACGACUUGUUCGGAAUCAAUGGCUCUUAAUAGAUCCCAAAAUUGAAUUUCUUAUGUCCGAAGUAAAUGAAGAGAAAACUUCUGGUGACUUCAGAGAAAUGGGACUGAGGUUGGCACAAGAGGUGAUUUCUUUUGUUAAAAAGAAAAUGGACAAAGCUUCAAGAUAUGGGAGUUUACAGGAUAUUAAGAUUAGUUUUGUGGGACAUUCCAUUGGAAAUGUCAUUAUAAGAACAGCGUUAGCAGAAAGUAUCAUGGAGCCCUAUCAUCGUCAUCUCUAUACUUAUGUUUCAAUAUCUGGUCCACACUUGGGUUAUCUUUACAGUUCAAACUCGUUGUUUAACUCUGGCCUGUGGCUUUUGAAGAAGCUCAAGGGAACACAGUGUAUUCAUCAGCUGACUUUUACGGAUGAUCCAGAUCUACAAAAUACGUUCUUCUACAGACUGUGCAAGCAAAAGACGUUGAACAGUUUCAAGAACAUAAUCUUGUUUUCGUCACCGCAGGAUGGCUAUGUCCCUUAUCAUUCUGCCCGGAUUGAAACAUGCCAGGCAGCUUCAAUGGACAACUCAAGAAAAGGAAAGUUAUUCCUUGAUAUGCUGAAUGAUUGUCUGGACCAAAUUCGGGCCCUUUCCUCUGAACAAAGAGUGUUCAUGCGUUGUGAUGUGAACUUUGACACCUCUGCUUAUGGCAAGAAUUUGAACACCAUUAUUGGACGGGCAGCUCAUAUCGAGUUUUUAGAAUCUGACAUUUUUGCAAGAUUCAUAAUGUGGUCUUUCCCAGAGUUAUUUAGAUGAUCACAAAUAGGAGACGCCCAUGGUAUGGCUCCUGAUGUGGUCUUUCCGUGGGUUAUCUAACAUGUAUUUAUCAUGCCUUCCUUACUCACCUCCAUGUCAGCACCAGGAUCAAAGUAAAGGACAGUUUUUGGGCUCAUUAUUGGAGUCUAUCAUAUUGUACACAUGAAAUUGGGCGAUUCAUGGAGAUGUGAACGUAGUCUGAAGUGUACUGCCUAAACUAUUGUUCUGCGGUAAGGAGUUAAGUUAUCCUUGUUGGCCAAAUGAGAGUCUGGAUAAUGCUUUCGUGUUUAAAAUCCAAAAUCAAGUUCUUUCUCUUCUUUGGUAGAUAGACCAGUGGGAAAGUGACGGGCUAAUACUAAUUUUGUCAUGCUUUUGUUGCAUCCCUGUUUAGACAUGGAAUGCAGGGCGAAGUUGCUGCUUAUAUCUAGCAUGCGUUUAGUAGACUCGGUAUCUGUCUUAAUUCUAUUGAUUAGGCCAUUAUUGUCUUUGAGCAGCUUCUGCCUCUUUGAUCUGUUUCCAGAUCAAUCUCAACUGUUCUGAUAAUGGAAUGCGGAGGAGAAUUACGGUCUUUUUGGCUGGACUGUUCAACUAGCCUAUUUAUUGCUAUUUUUCCAUAUUGGAAUUGAGGUUUCUUGUAUUUUAUCAAUAUUAUGAAGUAGGUGAUAUCAUAUUUUUCAGGUUGCAAUAGUAUCUGAAACUAGUUUAGAGUU